GCGUGUUCGUGCCGGACGGUCGAACGAAUCCGAUAGGCUUGAACGACGUCUUGGUCGCGCUUCGUGUUCCGUGAUCCGACUGCUGGUGUCGGACCGAGAAUCAUGUGAAUCAUCCUGUUUUGUGCGCGUACGUGAUUGUCCAGAGCUUGUGUCGCGAUCGCUCGCGAUAUUUCUCCACGACUGUGAACUGUGCCCGACCCUCGUACCGUGCUACGCUCGUUUGCGUUGUGCGUCUAGUGCGUGGUGCGUACUUCCGCGCGUUUUUCUCUCCGAUCGAACGACCGUUGUCGUUCCCGUUUAAUUUCUGCUCCUCGUCCUCGUCGUCUUGGUCGUCGUCCCGUCGACGUUGCGGUUCUCGACGAUUCUUUUUCUCGUCGCUUUCCCGUUCCGUACGGCCGUCGUGCUUCGAAGUCACGGUUCCACGAUGCCGAGAUUCGUCUUCUUCCUCUGCUUGGUCGCCGCUGUUCUCGCCCUGGGUGAGGGUCGAGACGAGCCACUUUUGUCCGCCACCGAUGUGGGAUCUCUUCCUGUGGUGGAUGCGGCGGCGACGACCACGACGUUCCGACCUGACUCAGAGCGAGAUGUACCAGCCAGCACCGUCUCCGACCGGAUUGGCGUUGUCGCUACCGAGAAACCCCCGAUCACGGUUUCCCCGGACGAACCAGUCCCGGUCACGCGGGAGGAGACUGCGGUCGGUCCGACUUCCGCUUCGACUCGCGUUUCCCGCCGACCUGCUCUCCCGUCCCGGAAUGUUACUGCUACCACCGUUCGGACUCCUCUGACUGAAUCGUCUGUCACUGCUGCUGUUGCUGCUGCCGAGGAUGCGUCUCUUGCGCCCGUUCGACGAACAGACGUGCGUGCUCCCCUGAGCUCUGCCAGCUCUGCGAGUUUCGUCUCCCAUGGCCCUGGUAAAUGGGUGGUCAAUGUGACGAACCGUGUCUGUGUCGUGGUACAGAUGGCUGUGACCGUUCACGUUUCUUACACCGACGUUGACGACAAGACGUCCUCUCGAACGUUCGAGAUACCGGCUGAUAAUACGACCAGAGCCAGUGGAUUCUGUGGCGAGUCGGAACAGAAUUUGACGUUGGAAUGGCCUGCUACCAAUCUGACAGCCACCGAUGCCAACCUGACCCUGCACUUUGUCAAGAAUCAGACUGCGAACGACUACUCUCUCCGUCGUUUGGACGUUUCUUUGCCAGCGGCGGCGGUCAAUUUCCCGAAUUCGACGCUGAAUGAAACGAUCGUUCUGGUCUACGAUGCGCCGUCGUCGUCUGACUACGUGAUUGGAUUGACCGAGUCCUACAGAUGCCUCAAACGACAAACGCUCUGGCUGAAACGAAGAAUCGGUCGUGGCCUCGAUGACGUGGUGGUGAACGACCGAACGUCUGGCUACUUGACCGUGUCAGACCUACAAUUCCAGGCGUUCAAAUCUGACAAUUCGACCGUUUUUGGUUUGGCUCGAGAUUGCGCGUUUGACACACCGGACGCUGUACCGAUAGCUGUAGGCUGUGCAUUGGCAGCGUUGGUAGUCAUAGUGUUGGUCGCGUAUUUGAUUGGACGCCGACGAAAUCAGUUUCAUGGCUACCUUAGCAUGUAACUUACCGUGAUACGUUUCUUCGUUACCUUUGAUUUUCUUCCUUUGUUCAGUGAUUGGUAUUCAGAGUGGAUGAUGUCCUUUCGUUCAGCGUUCUGUCGUAUCUGCUGGUAUCCUGUGUUUUCGUCGAUUGUCUGCGAAACCUGGUUUGGCCACGUGUAUUUUCCACGCUUCCAACGGCCACGUUGUUUGUCGAUAUCGCGCGCGUACGAUGGAAGUGUAUCUUUAAAAAAUUUGUUAUUUCUUUGAUCGAAUAAAGUGAUACGAUGCGUGAUAUGAAGUAUAUAUCGUAUGAAUUACCGUUUGAAACGCAUGUAUAAAAUAUAUUGUUAUUAUUUUUUAGUAUCGCUGCUCUUAGAACGUUGCUAUCUCGAAUCGAUUAUAGUUGACGAAUAAAACAAAUUACUUUUGA